CCCCGCCCGCCGCCCAGUCAGUCAGUUGGCGGAGCCGCGGCGGUGUGCAGAGUGGUGCUCAGCUCUCAGGUCGAGCGCGCCGGGUGUGCAGCACGGUGUGCAGUGUGCGCGCGACAGUCCUCAGUCCUUCCCCCCGCGCCGCGCCGGGGUCACCGGCACGCCGACAGUCGGUCGCCACCUGUUUCCUCUGCACAAGGAUUUCCUCUGGAUAUUACAACAACUACUACUACUACCUGCCCGUCAUUUCGUCCCAACCACUUGCCUUCCCUCCUGCGCAAGAGGUGGCAUGACUCUCGGCCGCCGCAGGUGAUCCACGGACAGGACGGCGACAGGCGCUCGGCAUGGACAACAACAACCUCGGAGCCCCGCCCCUGACUGUGUCCCCUUCCGUUCGGUUGUCCUAGGGGCUGUUGUGUCGUGUUGAGGUCCUGGAGGAGAGGGUCCUGGUCCUGAAAGCGGCCCGCGGUCGUCCUCAAGUAAGAACCAGAUAGCCUGCUCGACGACCUGCAGUCCUCUGUGGGUCGGGUGAACGGACCCAACGGGCACCUCGGGCACGUCAGCAGCAGCACCACCACCGGCGGCGUCAACAUGUCCACCACGGGGUACCGGGAAGUGUCCCGCACCAUGACCACGCAGGCCACGGGCCAGCUGCCCAGCACCACCCGCGAGUACCAGAUCGAGUACCUCUCCCCCGCCAACUCCACCACCGUCCCGGAGGAGAGGGCCCCCUCGCCGGGCGUCUUCAACUCGUCCGAGUACUCGAGUGGGCUGGAGCGGCACGGCAACGCCACGUCGGCCUACAAGACCGCGUCGUACGAGUACAAGAGUUCGACGGGCUCCUCGGCCAACGCCGCGCUGCUGAGGGAGACGGCCGACACGCUGAGCCAGGCGCGCGCCAUCACAGACCUCGGCCAGAGCAACAUCGCGGAGCUCGACACGCUCCUGGACGACCUCAACUCGGCGCAGCGGGCGGGAUUCAACCGCGAAUACCAGAUCACCACCACGACCAGCCGCGAUGGGUACCAGCCACUCCCGGUGCAGCACAUCAGCCGCUCGGCGCAGCGGUCCUCGCAGCGGUCCUACAGCGAGCAGCGCUACGGCUCCGUCAACAAGGACCGGCAGUCGCCCAGCCCCGGCCCCAUCCGGCAAGUCGGCUCCUCCAGUCUGGAUAGGGGGCUGACCUCGUCCAACUCCAGGGAGGUGUACAGCAGCAGCUCCAGGACCACGUCGCCGUCCCCGGCGAGGAGGGAAAUCCCGCCUAGUCCAUCCGCAGGAAGGCACAUCGUCGAGCACAAUGUCUACCGGUCGUACGACUCGAGGACGGGCGGCGGCUCCUCGUCGACCUCGACCACGACGCGCUACAGGGACGCCUCCCCGCCCAGGGACCGCGUCCGGCCGCCGUCCCCGGGACUCCUGCCAGCGGGGGUGGGGCUGCCCGACUACCCGGUGACCGGCGCGGCCAAGGUGUCUACCCUCGUGCGCGAGUACGAGCGCAGGGCGAGCCAGGAGGAGCGGGAGGCCAGCCUCACGAGGCGCUCGCCGUCCCCCGCGCGCUCCCCGGUGCCCCGGCGGAAGAUGAUGACCUCCUCGACGACCUACAACUACAGCAGCACCUCGUCGAGCGGGCAGCGGCCGGACCCGCCGCGAACGCCGCCGCCGCACCGCUCGCCCUCGCCCGUGUCCUUCCCCUCGCCGCCCGAGCCGCUGUCGGGCUACUCGUACCGCCGCGACGAGAUGUCCAGCUACUCCAACUCCAACACGAGGCAGCGGUCGAGGUCGCGGUCGCCGCCGCCGCGGCCCUUCCCCACCGACCACACCGUGUACCAGGUGGACCGCGUGGAGCGCGUGCACCGCGAGCCCGUGCUCCAGCCGCGGCCCUUCCCCACGCCCUCGCCCACCUUCCACGGGGACCAGCGCCCGCCCAAGGAGCUCAACGAGCUCAUGUCGUCCUUCACCGAGACCGACAUGGGUCACGUGAGCGUCCGUCAGCACGCCCUGGACCUGGAGCAGCGCGCUCAGCGGCAGCAGCAGCAGGCACCGCCCGCGCCGCCCACCCCGCCGCCCGCGCGCAAGGAGGAGGCGAUCGUGUCCAGGAACGUGGCCGGCCCGCCCGUCUACUACCCGCCCGGCGUCGAGAUGUUCCAGACGCGAGAGGAGUCGCACGCCCAGAGCGCGGGUGGCGGUUACCAGGGUAAGGCCAAGGCCAAGUACGAGUACAAGAUGAAGCAGCGCAGCAAGGAGUCGAGCAAGACUGGCAAGGCCGUGGUCCCGGUGUGCCUGCCGCUCUGCUGCGCCAUGCCGUGCACCAUCAUGUAGGGCGUCCCCGCCAAACGCGCGAUGAAAACAAAUAAUUGGAGUGUCCAUUUCAAUCGGACGCGAAACGGACGACCGUCAGUCUGGGACAUAUUAUGUGCAUAAUACUUCUGUACAUAGCGGGUGUGGUGAACCAACUUAGCGAUGCGCGUUUCGAACAGGAAUACUAACUAACGUGGAUAUAAAACGAGUACUUGAAAUAUCAAGAGGGAAUUCCAGAAGCUCUUUGCAAGAUGAGCUGAAGCGGAAAAGCCUACUUUCUCACGUUUCGGAUGCCAAGAUCAGUGAUUUUUAUUUUUUAUGAUUAUUGGAUAAUCCUUCGAAUGACUUGUAAGAUUAUUUAUUGAACAUAAAAUUAGGGCGUGCCUUCAUUCAUCGAUAUGUCGUCGUCUGUGCCGACGAGUUCUCACUAAUACUUCGCCUUUGACUUACGUAGCAAUAGUUGUCCUCUCAAUCAUCACAUGCAUUGUCUCUGUUAAUGUGCCAAACUCUGUACGUAUUUAUACAUACUUUUAACUUCCUGCCAAGUGCCGUUACCGUUGUAUUUUCUCACCAUGUUUUGACUUAUUAACUAAUUAAACUUUUACAGAAAACUUA